CAGCCGCAGUCGGAUCUCGGUCGCCCCGGUAAUUCGCGUGGGGCCAGUACCACACCAUGAGCGUCCGGCUCGCGCGAGCUGUGAGGUCCUGGGAUUGGGCCGCGGGCUGCUGCCGAGGCGCCUCGGACUACCGGCUGCCUCCGCCGGGUGCCGUGGACGUGGCGGAGCUGCUGCGAGAUGCGACAACAGCGGAGGAGGGGCCCUGGGAGGCGGCGGCGCGGCGGCCGCCCGGCCAGUGUUCGGUGCUGCUCUUCCCGGGCCAGGGCAGCCAGGUGGUGGGCAUGGGCCGUGGUCUGCUCCACUACCCGCGCGUCCGCGAGCUCUACGCUGCUGCCCGCCGCGUGCUGGGCUACGACCUCCUGGAGCUGAGCCUCCACGGGCCACAGGAGGCCCUGGACCGCACCGCGCACUGCCAGCCCGCGAUCUUCGUGGCCUCGCUGGCCGCCGUGGAGAAACUGCAUCACCUGCAGCCCGCGGUCAUUGAGAACUGUGUUGCUGCUGCUGGGUUCAGUGUGGGAGAAUUCGCAGCCCUGGUGUUUGCCGGAGCCAUGGAUUUUUCUGAAGGUUUGUAUGCAGUGAAAAUCCGAGCCGAGGCUAUGCAGGAAGCCUCUGAAGCUGUCCCCAGUGGGAUGCUGUCCGUCCUCGGCCGGCCUCAGUCCAAGUUCACCUUCGCCUGUCUGGAAGCCCGGGAGCACUGCAAGACUCUGGGGAUAGAGAACCCCGUGUGCGAGGUGGCCAACUACCUCUUCCCGGAUUGCAGGGUGAUCUCCGGACACCUGGAGGCUCUGCAGUUCCUGCAGAAGAAUUCCUCCAAGUACCACUUCAGACGCACCAAGAUGCUGCCGGUCAGUGGCGCGUUCCACACCCGCCUCAUGGAGCCGGCCCUGGAGCCGCUGGCGCAGGUGUUGGAGGCCGUGGACAUCAGGAAGCCCCUGGUGUCUGUGCACGCCAACGUGGAUGGGAAUCGGUACAUGCACCCAAGACACAUCCAGAAGCUGCUGGUCCAGCAGGUGGUCUCGCCAGUGAAGUGGGAGCAGACGAUGCACACCCUGUACGAGAGGAAAAAGGGCACGGAGUUCCCCAAGACUUUUGAGGUGGGGCCUGGGAAGCAGCUGGGAGCCAUCCUGAAGAACUGUAACCUGCAGGCCUGGAAGUCGUACAGCAACGUGGAGGUGCUGGCGGCGGACGAGGCCCCCGAGUCUGACCAGGACUCCUAGGGUCUCCAGAUGAGCAGGGGGCAGGACGGGGGGCUGCAGGCCCGGGCUGUCACCCCCCCCCCCCCCCCCGUAGGCUGGUCCUGCCCUUCCUUCCAUCCAGCCUCCCCCCUGCGUGACCGACCAGGACUGUUUGCAAAGAGCUUUGAACACCGCAUGAAGUACUAGAAGUAUUUCUUUAUAACAAGACAGUUUGUUUCUCUCUGUUUUUAACGAUUUUAUUUUUACAGAGGAGGAAGGGAGAAAAACACCCAUCGGUUGCCUCUGGUUGCCUCCCGUACAUCCCCACUGGGGACCGAAACCCAUCAAACUGGCGACCUUUGGGGGAAGACGCCCA